GACCACAGCGCCCGGCAUGCCCCGCGGCCGGCGGACCGGCGGGAGGACUACAGCGCCCGGCAUGCUCUGCGGCUCCAAGAUGGCGGCGCCCAGGGACGGCACGAGCACGGACAGCAGUUCGGACUCGGAGAGCAGCGGCGGGGCGGCAGCGCGGUUCCGGGAGGCGACCUGGGAUUGCGCGAAGCAGCAGGCGGCGGGGCGGGCGGAGCCGCGAGGCGGCGGAUUUCCAAAGGAUCAACGGCAGGCUACUCGGCCCAGCCUAAGACGUGAGGUGAAUGACCAUGAUGAGGAUGGAAAUGAGCUACAGACCACACCAGAGUUCAGAGCACAUGUUGCAAAGAAACUGGGAGCAAUGCUGGACAGUUUCAUCACUGUCUUGAAGGAUUCAUCAGGACCUUCACCAGCUCGUGUGCAGCAGUCUGACUGUGGAGAUGAUGGUUUUCGCCUCUUCUCCUCCUCUGUCCCAGGAGGCUGUGGGCAAUCAGAGCAAAGCCCUGCCCCAAGGAGGAGACGGCCGCCCAGUUCCAGUGACUCAGACAGUGACCAAGAGUGGCAAAAGUACCAGGAGGCUGCUGUGUCAGCAGUAGACAUUCUGAAGCAAAGUGCUUUUCCUGCACUGUCCCAGGAUUCCAGCCAGAAUACGUGUCAGGGUUAUGUGGAGCACAGACAGAAGAAAAAGAAGAAAAAGAAAAUAAAGGGAGAGAACAAAACUGAAGAGAAAAUAAUAGACCCAGCAGAUUGUGACCAGGACAGCAGAGAUUUGCCACGGUUGGAUUCUGCAAAUGGACAACACAAGAGACAGGACAGCAAUCAUACAGAUAACAACACAGUGUCACCAGGAGCUGUGAAGAAGAAGAAAAAGAAGAAAGAGAGAGAAUAAAUGCUUUGCUGUGCAGAUGGGCAGGUACACUCUGGGGCUGGGUUGAAGUCAGGCCUGAAAAACAAGGAGUGAUGACAGCGGCGCUGCACGCUAUGGGAGGAGCGGCUGCUCUGCAACAGGAGCCUCUGAAGCAGUCACAGCAGUUCUGUCGGAGCAGUGGGAUCAGAUUCUGCUUUGCAGGAAACCCCUUUGUUCACUGUGGCUGGGAGUAGAUUUCAUGCCUAUGAACAUGAAGCAGGUAAGUGCAAAAGGAAUAAUGCAGGCAGCUACUAUAAAAAGCUCCUCCGACUUCCCGUGUUUGUUCCUGCAGUGCCUCCUGUUGUACCAGUACAGGUCGCUUCCCUCUUAAGUGAUAACAUGAUAUAGAUUUCCACUGGGGAGUCCUCGCUCAGGAGUGAACUCAGGGCAACAUCUCAGUGUCUCAUUCCUUUAUUCUUUCCUUUUAUAUUAAGUUGUAGGUAACAGAUGACUGUGCUGUAGCUGCCCAGCCACACGGAAUGAAGUUUAAGCUCAUUUUGUUUGGGCUGCUGAAUUCUGGAAUUUGAACCAGUGAGAAAGGCAGAAGGUUUCACUCAUCAGUACUCAUCUCUGUCUAUACCGUAUUCCUGGAUAUGUAGGGUAUGUUCCUACACCCUAUUCAUCAAGCCUCUCUAGCACUGAGAGAAUGUUAACGCUGUGGAAAUCUCUUUUAAUUAUUCUUCUUCUUGGCUUGCACAGAAUUGGAAUCAAUAUCAUAAUGUUGGCUAUAAAUUGGGACGUGGAAAUUGGUUCAUGGUUGUUGACAAACAGGACCUCUUUCUUCCAGGGAAGAAAGGGUAAGAAGAGAGCACACAUUUUAUUCUCCUUUCUCUAAUGAGAUGCAUUUUGGCAGUUGGUUUUUCCUGGAGUGAAAAGAAAUCUGAUAGCAGUCCAGAAAAACUGUUGAGGUAAAAAAAAAUAAAAUAAAAAAGAAAAAAAGAAAAAGUAAAAAAAAAAAAGAGUGAUGACUGCAUGUGCUUUUUGCAGGAAGUAGAACAGGAUGUUUUGUCUUUCACUGUGAACAUGCUUAAAUUCCCUUAACUGAAAGCUGGCGUUAUGUUUAUAUUUGGGAAGAGGCACAGCAGUAGAAAAAAACCAUUGGCGUAGGAAUAGAUCACAGAAUCCCUUGCUCUCAAGACUUGAGUUUCUGUGUGACUGGAUUCUAACAUGAAUAAGGAUGUCUGUCCCUUAAUUUCACGGGUACUUGUCAGUAGUGCAGUUGAAGAUCCUUAGUGUUUAUGGCCAUUUCCCCAGGUGCAUCUCAGUGCCAAAUUAGUGCUUUUAUCUCUGAGGGUGAGGGGGGUAAUUCUAUGUAGCUCUGCACCAGAGUCCUGACGGGCAGAGUUACCAGAGCCAACAACCCCCCAAGC